UAUUUGACAGUGCAAAGUCAGGCAGAGCCCGCACUCCAGCUUAGCGUUCAGUUAGGCACAGACGCCCCAGCCCCUCUCCCAGUCUCUCCUUGGUUUUCCUUUGGACGUUUUGUCGGUGCAGCACUAAGCAGCCAUGGAUGCCAUUAAGAAGAAGAUGCAGAUGCUCAAGCUCGACAAGGAGAAUGCCUUGGACAGAGCUGAGCAGGCCGAGUCAGACAAGAAAGCAGCAGAGGACAGAAGCAAACAGUUAGAGGACGAGAUAAGAGAGUUGGAAAAGAAAUUGCGUCUAACUGAGGACGAAAGAGAUAAAGUGUUUGAGGAGUUCCAAACGGCUGAAGAAAAGCUGCUGACUGCCGAGGAGGUCGCCACCAAGGCUGAGGGAGAGGUCGCUUCCCUUAACAGACGUAUCCAGCUGGUUGAGGAGGAGUUGGAUCGUGCUCAGGAGCGUCUGGCCACUGCUCUGACCAAGCUGGAGGAGGCUGAGAAGGCUGCUGAUGAGAGUGAGAGAGGCAUGAAGGUUAUUGAGAACAGGGCCAUGAAGGAUGAGGAGAAGAUGGAGCUGCAGGAGAUCCAGCUUAAAGAGGCCAAACACAUCGCUGAGGAGGCUGACCGCAAAUAUGAGGAGGUGGCCCGUAAACUGGUCAUCAUUGAGGGCGACCUGGAGCGUACAGAGGAGCGCGCUGAGCUGUCAGAAGGCAAAUGCUCUGAGCUUGAGGAAGAGUUGAAAACUGUGACCAACAACCUGAAGUCACUGGAGGCCCAGGCUGAGAAGUACUCACAGAAGGAGGACAAGUAUGAGGAGGAGAUCAAAGUCCUCACUGACAAGCUGAAGGAGGCUGAGACUCGUGCUGAGUUCGCUGAGAGAUCAGUAGCUAAGCUUGAGAAGACCAUUGAUGACCUGGAAGAUGAGUUGUAUGCCCAGAAACUGAAGUACAAGGCCAUCAGCGAGGAGCUGGACCACGCCCUCAACGACAUGACUUCCAUGUAAUUUUCUACAUGCUGUACCUGCUUGUUCCGCCGCCACCUCCCCCCCCUCGCCUGUACCCAUGUUCUCCACACAUCAGCUGCCUCACCUCCUUUGUCUCCCUCAUUUAUUCUUGCACCCACCCACUAGAACUAAACAUCUCAUCCUGUACUAAAAAAUUACUUACUUUUUAUAUAGUCUAUAAGUUUAAUGUCUUAAAACGGAACUGUGUUGUCUCUGUACCUGAGCCACACUUGUAGUAAUUACAACUCUGUCUUUAUUUGUGUAAUUAUGAUGAUACUGUAAGCCUUUUUUGUCAGUAUCUUUGAUUUUUGAGAAUACAGGAAAAAUGAAGUAGCGUCAUGCAUGAAUAGAAAAAAAUCUAAUGCUCAUUGUAAUAUUUCUGGGCAUUUUUUUUUACAUCUUAAGUAAUGCAUGCAAGCUGUUGAUUUACCCAAGACUGCAGUAUGGACAGUUUUCAGUGAAUUUCUUUACUUUUCCCAUGGUUAUGUGUAGUGUUUCCAUUUUACUCUUCUACUAAUAUGGUCUACUUCUGUCCAGAAGAAAGGCCCCAUGUGUGCUUGUGAUACCCUCAUUUGCACUGUCAUACCAGGUGAGGAGAAGCUGCCAUCACUGUGGCUGAGCCCGCAGUUUUUGCUAAAUAAAAUUCCCAGUCUGUGGGAACCACAACUAUCUGUCAGUUAAGCUCUGCGACUUGCGAUGUAGCAGGAAGUUGUAAUCAGAGGAAGGAGUUGCCCCAACCCUCCAGUGUGUGUGUGUGUGUGUGUGUUAGCAAGUGUUUUCAAUGCACAGAAUGCACUUACACUGUGCAUUGUGGUAUUUGUGGUGCCCUGCCAUGACUCCCAUGUUUCUGGUGUAUUUUGGUGCUCAUCUCAAAUUUCCGUAGGUCCCCCUCCGACCCCCUCCCGGUUCACUGUACUUCUUCUCUUCCACACAGAUAAAUUGUUUACACCUCAUCAAAGACGCCUCCUGCCGGCUGAGCAGCAUCUGUCUGCUCUCUCCAGCCUUUUCUCCAUUUUUUUUUUUUUUUCCCUUCCCUCUCUGUCCUCGCUUCCCUUUCCUCCUCAUGUUUUCAUGUCAACAUUAAUUGCGUCCCAUCACUUGUACAGAAUCCUAGAAUCUUUCUGCGUUGUGUAAAAAGAAAUAAACGUCCUUCCUUCUAUGUGAGCUGUA